UGACGGGCGGAGGGCCGCUGCCGGCGCGCGUGGGCCCGGGCCCGGCGGGGGCGGCCUCGCGUUGCCACAGCCGCGUCGCGCCCUGCCCGCGUCGCCCUGGCGGCCGCGGCCGCGCCGGGCCCGGCCCGGCCCACGUCAGUGCGUUUCACAAUCCCUGCUAUAAAGGCGGCGGGGCCGCGGCUGCAGGCGCAGAGCGGCGGGUCCCGGCCGGCGGCACCAGCUCCCCCCGCGCUGCCGCCGCCGGUGGAGGGCCGCGCGGGGACGGACGGGACGGGACGGGACGGGGUGGGGGAACCUAUGCGGCCCGCCCCAGCCCCGGCCCCCACCGCUGGGCGAGCCGCCAGCGAGCCAUGGCCGACGGCUUGCGGAGGCUGGUCAGCACGGAGAGCGGCCGCGUGCUGCAGCAGAAGCUGGAGAGCUGGUACCAGGACUACGAGAUUAAUUCCUGUGAUCAGAAUCUGAACCGAUGUUGUGAAAUAAUAGAAAUGAACUCCGUGAUUCAAGGGCAGCUCUUUACAAUCCUCAAUGAAACAGCUCGAGAAGGUGGGCAUUAUGCAGGUGUGGAAACAAUAAAAUCUCGUCUUCUGCCAUGGCUAGGGACUUGUUUUUCCAGUGCUACUUCAGGAAGGCCCCUUGAAACUAAUCUCUCUCUCACUCAGGAUUCAAUGGAGAAAGAGAGGCAGCUGAGAAAGUCUGCCAACAGUCAGACUUUUGAACUGCAAGAGCUGCAGAAAGAACUGACUGCUACUCGUCUACAGCUCAGCCAUGUGCAGCAAGAUCUGACCGAAACCCAGUUGGCUCUUGAAGACACAAAGGCAAAAUCAGCCACUACUCUUUUGGCAGCAGAAGAUGAAAUCGUUCAGCUAAAAGCAGCUUUGAAGGCUUCCCAUGCCCAGGAGGAGAACGCUCUGAGGAAUUUAGAUCGUCUGAAUGACUAUGAGCAGCAGAUUCAAAUACUGAAGGAUGAAAUUUCUAUCUUGGAUGCCCAAAAAUCUGUUCUGCAAAGCAGACUUGCACGGAGCCGCUCUCCUUCCCCAAGACACAGUCAGAGUAGGUCACCUAGUCCGCUUCCCCUGAGGAGCUGCUCACCUGGCCGAGCCAGCCUUACAAAUGCUUCGCGUCAUGCCUACCUGGUGGCUCGCUUCGGUGACAUUUAUGCUCAAGAACGCUUGGAUGCAGAGACCCUUCUGAGGACAUACAUCAGCGAUAUGGAGAUGGUGCAGAGGAUAAUAUACAUUGCAGCUGUGGAGUCUUUUCAUGCAGCAAAGAUGGCCUACAGGCAUUUCAAAAUGCGUGUAAGAAAAACUCUGUCUCUAGGUCACUCAGGGCCUGAGUCACUUGAAGACACUGUCCUGGAUUAUAUAGUUCGCCAUGAGGAUCUGUAUGAUGUUCAAGCCAGUGUCAAUGAAGUAAUUCGUUCCAUGAACAUCAACCCAAAGAUUUCAUUCCCACCAGAAAUUGAUUUCAUUGUGAUCAGCAGUUUGAUUCGAGAGUUGUGCCGUGUGGCAUUUUCAAUGCAGACACUGAUUCCUCCUCUUGAUAUUGCUUUUGGUACAGAUGGAGAACUUUUCCAUGAGACCAAGUACCGUCGUAGCUUUGAUUCUGAUUUCACAGCUCCCUUGGUGGCUUAUCAUGUGUGGCCUGCCCUGAUUGAAAAUGAUGUUGUAAUUGUGAAGGGAGAGGCAGUUACAAAAAGAGGAGCUCUGUGGUCUCACAGGAGCAGAAGUAGAAGCAGAAGCCGCAGCCGUAGCCAUAGCACGAGUCCUCUUCGAUCUCAUUGUUUAUCUCGAAGCCACAGUUCUUCACCAUUAAGGAGUGGAAGCCCAAGGCUUUAGGUUACCUGGAUAUGUUUCUGUGAUUCAGUACAUCCGAAUCAGUCAACUUCAGUGGUGCCUUCUCCUCUACCAUGAGUACCUCAGAUCUCACAAUAAUGUGAAUGGCAGUUGUUUGUCGCUCCAAAUGGAGGGUUUUAUGUUGUUUUUGCUUAGUGUGUUUUUAUAAUUAUAGAAGGUUUAUUUAUAAUUUUAAAAACUAAUUCAACCCUUUUGAUAAAAAAACAAAAAGAGUAAGGUGCAUAUAAUACAGGAUCAUACUCAUCUGGCAAAGUUUACAGAGCUCUGAGGAACCCAUGCUGUAAUGUUGCAGCUGUAGAUAGAGUGAUUGCAUCUAGAAUGCUUUCCCCAGAUACCAAAUGAUGCAGUUCAUCUUGAUAGGAUGUUUAAUAUAACCAAAAUUGUAAGCAUUACAAAUGUUGAGAUUAGCUAUUACUUGAAAACAAUUUCAUUAAAUGGUGCUUAUUUACAAUUUUAGGAAACAGCACUGAUCUCAGGAUGUGUGAAUCUCACACAAUCAUUUUAAGUUUCUCCUUACGAUAAUCUGAAUUUUCUAACUACAAUGCAGAAGUCACACAGAGCUGUCAUAUAUUACCAGUAUUUUAUCAAUCCUUAGGACUUUAUUCAUGUUUGUUUAUGAAGGCACACUGCCACGUGUGUGCUUUUAACAAAGCAGUAACAGUCCUUGUUAAAUUCAGUCUGUUACUGAAGAAAUGAAUAUCACAAAGAUUUGUAAUUUGGACCUUAAAAUAUUUUGAAAGUGUGUCACUGACUGUUUGCAGGCUUGAAGUAUUUAAACCUAAUUUAAGGUGAACUAACUAGUCAGUAUCACUUUUAGUGGACUUCACACCAGACUAAUAGAUUAGUAAUUCUUGUGAAUGCAGACACAAAAACCUGGCCCUUUAUCACUUAUUGUGGGUAUUUAUGACAUUCUAAAUAUAAAACUUGAAGACCCGAAAAGUUUUUCUUCCGAAAUUUUAAAUUUCUUUUGUCCAACUUGUAAAAGUUGAUUUUAAUAUUAGCAAUUCUGUUUCUAAGAGAACUGAUGCUGUCUUUCUCUUUGAACCUCAUCUGUAGGGCCAGCCUUAAAUACAAGCCACACAAGUGACUGUUUGGGGUCUUGCGCUUUUACAUAGGAACGUAAGAUUUGUCUUGAUGGAUCUGACCUUUAAUUCACCAAGCCCACUGUCUCGUUCCAGUCAAUACCUGAUGCUUCAAAGGAAUGUGGAAAUUUUCCCAAAUUCAUCUCUGCAAUUCUGGAAUAUAAACAAUCAGAGGGAGGAAAAAUUCCUUUCUGCCUCCUGUUGCAAUCAUCCUGUGUCCUGGAACAUGACAUUUCAUUACUAUUACUAUAACAAAAUGAACAAAUACAUAUUUUGUUAGUUCUGAAAUUAUUACCUCUUAAAAUUCAGUUACAUGAACAAAUUCUGUGAUCCCUUUCCAGGGAUUUUGUGCUGACUUACAUGUCCAUUCUCUUUGCUUCUUGUGUGGUUUAAGACUUUGGCACAAGGCUCUACAAAUAUGAGGAUCAGAUUUCAGGCAGACUUUAGUAUGGGUCCCCAUGAGCCAUGGAACAACUGAGAAACUAGUUCUACAGGUGUGUUUUCAUUGGAGUUAGGCCUGUUAGUUACCAGAGCAAAAUGAGAUCCUGUACAUGGAGGAUCAUUCACAGAACUACUAUGGAAGAACUAAGGGGACACAAAUGAAAGUAGGAGCACGCAUGUGUGUUGUAUGGUUUCUUGUUGUCUAAGAAAGUCACAAAAGAAAAUGCAAAGCAAUCUGUUUCCUUUUUUGAGAACCUGAUUGUUAGUCACAGCUAUGGGUCUGUGCUUGUGAAAACCUGCAUAUUUCUGCACUGAUCUCAUGACUAAAGCACCACAGUUUUGGAGAAACUGAGCACCUGCAGCUUGUGCUGCAGCCAAGGAUAAUUAGAUGUCUUGAGUAUGGGUUCAAGCAGCAAAAUUAAGAAUUUCUCAGAAUUUCAUAAUUACCAAGGGCUGAAGAGAUGCAGGGUUUUUUAUAAUUAGAUAUUUUAUGUUUGACUUCUGCAUGUAAUUACCAAGACAUGUCUGGUUUUUUAAUUAUUUUGAGGUGAGGUCGGUUUCCAUACCAACUGUAAGAAAACUAAAACUAGAUCAAGAAAGUAUGUUUUUCUUGAAAAGCGUGAGACACAGGGUAGACCCAGACUCAUACACCUGUAAUGCCACUAAGAACUGGUAUUCCCCAAGAUCUAAAAAUGCAGUACAAGAUGGGUUCACAGUGCUUGGUGGACCAUCUCACCUUGUUCUGCAGCAGGCAGCAGGUUAUCUAGUAGCCUCAAAGCUAAAGAGGAAGCUAAUAAACUGACGGAUAAUGACUUGUUUUUGCAGUGAGAAAGUAGCAGAAUUUCUUGUGUAAUGUUUUGGAGCUGACCAUUUGCAGCCAAAUAAGAAGGCAGUCCUCAGCAUGGUAACACUUCAUUCAUUCAUUAAACAAUUCUUACUCUUUACCCAGUUGUACUCUGCAGCCAGUAGUCUUUUUAUAGGAAUAUACUGUUUUGUACUGGUUACCUGCACAGCUUACUUAUAGCCAAUUAAAUCUAUAGGCCAGACAGGGGGAUUGCUUUUAAUGUCAAGUCAGACAUUAAUAGCUCCUGUGCUUCUUUUUAUCUACAUGCCGCCAGUGUGGAGUGUACAAACCAAUAAAGAUCAGUCUGUAUGAUCGUAUGGAAUUAAUUGUCAAAUGCAAAAGAGCUUUAUAAAAAGGGAUUCCUGUAAUUGCUUGCUAGAUUCUCUGAAUGGAGCAUGAAUAUGAAAUUGAUGAUUUGAUAUUUUAAUAAGGCUUUUAAAAAUGUUAAGUGAAAUCAAUUGUUUCUCGCAAGCCUGUGUAAUGCCGCACUUUCAAAUAUAGCAAAGUAGAAUCAGUACAAUACAGCAAAGCAGAAUCAGUACUGUAAGACUGGACUCUCUCUUAGAAGUGACCAAAACAAAUAUCAGCGGGGCUUAUAUUACAAGAAAAUUGUAGGACAGUAUUACUCAUGAUCAAAGUGAUAAUACCAGGGACAAGAAGGCUACUUUUGGAGCUAAUUUAAACCCUUUGGAGUUAGAUUGAUGGAAGUAUGACUGCACAUGAUGUAAAAAAGCACCACCAUUGGGCCAAGGUAUUCAUGUAGGACAGCACACAUGUUUGCAAGGGUCUUUGUGAUUGCUGAAGAAUUUCACCUGCACAUCGGCUCUUUGAAGUCUGAUUAUGUGUGGCUCAAUUCAAAGGCUAUCCCUGAGUCAGUCUAAACUUGUGGGUGUUUUAUUACCCAUUUCUGGGAAAUGGAAUCAAAAUAUCUUCAGUCUUCCUUCUUCAGUGUUUGCAACUGAAUAACGUAAAGUGCAGACUCUCAUGCAGAGUUAGCAGAUACCAAGGGCAAAUUGCUCAGCUAAAAUUCCUACUGCAGAAUGAAGAUUUGAAUUCAGAAACUAUCUUAGAUUAUCCCAAAUCACUGAUAGGAAAGAGAAAGUUGGGGGAAGGAGGCUGGUGGAGCCGUCCCAUUUAGUCUGGGUGGCCAUGAACUGUGGUGUUGAUUUAGUCCUGCAGGAGGCUCUGGAGAUAAGCACAUCUGUGGUAAACUAAUGCAAAAAUACUCUACAGCUGAGAGAAAGCAAAUGGGAAGGCAAAAACUUAUCAAAAUGCUCCCUGGAAAACAUACAUCCAUACAUCCCCUGGGAUCUGAAGAUUACUUUUAUACUGCAUGCAUGUACUGUAGAAUUUUGUUAUUCUGUAAAAGUGCCAUCAGAAUUAAAUUGUGUUCUUCAGCUUUA